UCUAUCCCCCCCCCCCCCCCCCCCAAUGCCCCUAACCAACCCCUCCGACGCCUGGGACCCCCUCGACCUGCCCCCGUACCAACGCUCCCUCCAAACCACUAACGUCCUCACAAACUUCCUCAUCGGCGCCUCCGUCUCCCUCAUCGCUUCAUGUCUCUCCUCCCUCGGUCUCAACAUGCAGGCUUCCGCCCUCAAAUUCCAGCGAGACAGAAACACCGCCGUCGCGGACGCCAGUUUCGUAAGUGAGGGGAGCGGCGGGUGGGGGAGCGCGAAUACGAGUUUGGAUGCUGGGUAUGGCGCUUUAGGUGGGGAUCACGCCGUUGGGCUUGGUGGUGCGUCUGCCGCGUCGCCGGUGGACAGUUCGGCGGAGAGGGGCAAUACGGGGCUUUUGGCGGUCAAGUCGAGUAGGGCUGGGGAGCGGAAUAAGGCUGCGACCGCAACUGCGACGGGUUCCUCGUCGUCGGCAUCGUCGGCGUCGUCGUCAUCAUCCUUUGCGACGACGUUACGCGCGGCAAAGAAGCGGAUUCAGACCCAGACUUGGAGGGAGUUUUGGCACAGUUGGCAGUGGCAUAUCGGCUUCAGUCUGUACCUCCUCUGCCAACUAUUCGGCUCAGUCAUCGCUCUCGGAUUCGUCUCCCCAGUGAUCCUAGCCCCCCUCGGCUCAGCAAGCCUAAUCUUCAACGUCAUCUUCUCCCGGCUCUUCCUCGGCACAAAGAUCCGAGGCCUCGACUGGCUCGGCACCUUCUUUGUCGUCGUCGGCUGCGGGAUCGUAAGCACCUUUGGAUCCGGGGGACCUGAAACAAAACAAACCCUCGAAGACCUCCUCCGCCUCUUCACCCGCCCCGCCUUUAUCAUCUACUUCUCCAUCCAAGGCUCGCUCGUCCUCGCACUCUUUGCAGCCAUCAAAUACCUCGAAUAUGGCGUCGACGCGCUCAGAUUCUUUUCCGUUGUGCCCACCCGGUCCUCACCCGCCGCAGUCGUCACGACGGAAACCACCCCGCUGUUGGCGAGGAAGGCGAGCCAGGUCGAGGUGGCGAGCGUGAAGGGCGAGUGGGUGGGCGCGUUGUAUGGGGUCGUGGGAGGGGUGGUGGCGAGCGAGACGCUGAUUUUGACAAAGAGCGGAAUCGAACUCCUGAUCGUCUCAAUCUUUGAAACCGACAAACAAAACCGCGGCUUCUUCUCCUUCGGAUUGGUCGCCGUCCUCUGCGUCACCGUCUUCCUCCAGCUCUACUCCCUAAACCGCGCCCUCCACUACGCGCUCCCGACCAUCAUCAUCCCCAUCUUCUACACCUUCUACACCAUCCUCUCCCUUUUCAACACCCUCGUCUACUUCAACCAGUUCGGCGACUACAACGCGCCCGACCUGGUGUGCAUCGCCGUCGGCAUGGGGCUGAUCAUCGGCGGCGUCGUGGGGCUGAGUUACGGGCAUGAGGGGGAUCUGAGGGGCGAGCAGGGGGGUGGCGAGGGGGACUUGGUGGUGGGUGUGGAUGUGGGGCCGGAGUUUGAGCAGGGGAGUUUGAGCAGUGCUGCGUCGACGGCGGCCGCGAGGAAGAGGGAACCGAGACGGGGACCGGGUGGAGCGAGUUGAGAGUGGGUCACACUUCCCCCCAUUUUCAGCCACAUUCGGAGGAAAAUGGAACACUGUUUUUGUCGGUCGCUUAGAUCAUCUUUCUUGGGGUGUCGAUACACAGCUUUAUGUAUAACGGGGGGGACCGGUUUUCAAUGAGAACGGGCUCCCUGCCCUCGAUCCAUGGAGGAUCCACUACAUAUUAUCGUGAGUAUGUACAUCCAAGUUUACGCACGCUCAUACGUCCCUACCAAAUCCCCCGCUUUACGCCCCCCC